UGCGUGAUGACGUCACAGGACAUCAACAACUCACAUGUGGCCUAGCGACGCCGUUGCUGUGCUGCUGCUAGCAUCACCCGGGUUGUUAAUGUGGAGCUGACUCUACCAACAGAAACACCUCAUUUAUAAUAAAGACACCCCACAGAGACAACCUGAGACAACAACAUGCCUCCGAAGAAACCCGCCGCCCAGCCAACGGGGAAUAAAAAGACUCAGGAGAAGAAGAAGGAGAAGAUUAUAGAGGACAAGACAUUUGGCUUGAAGAACAAGAAAGGGGCCAAACAGCAGAAGUUCAUCAAGAACGUUACUCAGCAAGUCAAACAAGCUCCCAAACCGACUGAUGGAAAGAAGACGGAUAAGAAGAAGGAGUUGGACGAACUCAACGAGUUGUUUAAACCCGUGGUCGCUGCUCAGAAAGUCGCCAAAGGUGUUGACCCAAAGUCGGUGCUGUGUGCGUUCUUCAAGCAGGGUCAGUGUACUAAAGGAGACAAGUGUAAGUUCAGCCACGAUCUGUCGAUGGAGAGGAAAUGUGAGAAGAGAAGCCUCUACGUGGAUGAAAGAGACGACGAGCUGGAGAAAGACACUAUGGAGAACUGGGACGAGAAGAAGCUGGAGGAGGUGAUCAACAAAAAACACGGAGAGGCGGAGAAGAAGAAAGCCAAAACACAAAUCGUGUGUAAGCACUUCCUGGACGCCAUAGAGAACAAUAAGUACGGCUGGUUCUGGUCGUGUCCGGUGGGGGGCGACAUCUGCAUGUACCGGCACGCUCUGCCGCCCGGUUUCGUACUGAAGAAAGACAAGAAGAAGGAGGAGAAAGAGGACGAGAUCUCGCUGGAGGAACUGAUAGAAAACGAGCGAGCAGCUCUGGGCGCUCACGUGACUCGGAUCACCCUGGAGACUUUCCUGGCUUGGAAGAAGAGGAAAAGGCAGGACAAGGUUGACAAAGCGAGGGAGGAGAUGGAGAAGAAGAAGGCCGACUUCAAGGCUGGGAAAUCGCUAGUGGUGAGCGGGCGCGAGGUGUUCGAGUUCCGUCCAGAUUUGAUCGACGAGGACGACGAAGAAGCCACCGAGUAUGCCGGGUAUGCCAGCGAUGAAGAUGAAGACCAGGAGGAAGAGACUGAUUCUACAGAGAUCCAGGACAUAGACGUAUCCCGAUUUAUUCCACAAGAGGUCGACAACACAGGCAUCACCGUAGCAUCCAUGGACCGCUUCACCUCGAGGAAAAAGGCUCAGCCGACGGUAACCGACAACGAGGAGCAGCUGAACGGAGCUUGCGGUGGCGCCGAGGCCAACGGGCUUUCGGGGGAGGACGGCGUAGGGGAGGACGAGGAGGAGGAGGAGGAAGAAGAGGAGGUACCGGUGGAUGAGAACCUGUUCACGGGAGAAGAUCUGGAGGAGCUGGACGAGGAGCUCAACACACUGGCGAUGGAAGACUGAGAGGGAGCGUGAGAGGGGAGGUGGGAGGAAGAGGAGGAGGAGUUAGGAUGGACUGAGUGACGAAGGGAUCGACCGACGGAUGCAUGGAGCUACACAACAAAGAGACCAGACGUUUGAAUGAUUUUAAGUUUCAGAGACUCCGGUAAUAAAGCCUGAUUAUUUCAUGACAUCACUGCCUGUCUCUGCCGCCCUCUGUUUUUCUGUAUCGCCCCUCUCACAUCCCACCACGUCCUCCGCUUUCUGUCCGCUGGGUGUCCAAAUUUCCACAGCAGGGCCGGAUCCACAUGAUCGAUGCUCAGCAGAAUUUCCAUUAAAAGAGAAUUUGGCUGCUGUUGUGCACUUUUUUGUUGCUCGACGAAACUCGCUGGCUUAAAACUGAAAUUACUUCUGAAAUAAAUUAGGUCCUGAUCAGUUAAAUAUUGUGAUUUGCAGAGAUGAAAGCACUAUACUCGUGAGAAGACUUCAAUAAAUCAAAAUAACAUCGAUGGAUGUUUGAAAGAGAACUGAAGUUUUACAACGUAGGAAAUGAACAGGAGUGAUUCUGUUGUAAGAAACUGAAUCUGUUCACCUGCUCUCGUACCAAAACAAAAGCUCCAGUUUACAUUUCAUUUAGCUGAAGUUAAAGCCCUGUUGAAACUUAUGUUAAGGAAAUUUCAUGUAACUUUUCUGAAGGAACCAAGCUUUUAAAAAUACUUCUGAGACCAGACUAUAAUAAAGACCCAGCAGGGGAACCAAACGGUCCACUUGCCAGCCCACAAUUGUAAAUAAUAUUCUCAUGAGUUGCCUCCUGAAGAAAUAAAAGAUUACUGUACAUCCA